AUGUAUUCACAAAACUUACUCCGCUGGCUGGCGGUGACGACGGUCGGCAUGGGAGUUGCCUCUGCCGGGGAUGAUGCGGCGCAGAAGAAGCUGAAUGGCUACGAAUGCACUCACCCGCCGUAUAAAAGCCACCUUUUGAGCAAAUCGCCCUUGGUUAUCUACAUAGAGAACUUCGUCACUGAUGCGGAGCGAUUACAUUUACAAGAGCUCGCUCAAGGCCAAUUUAAACACUCUGCGGUCCUCAAGAGUGGAAACUCGGCAAUUCACUCUGUCCGCACUUCGCAGUCAACCACUGUCGACAGAGACGCCGUGGUGCGGUGCAUUGAGGCACGAGCUCUCGAUUUCCAGGGCUUUGAUGUGCCAGAGUCUCACCUCGAGCCUAUCCAGCUCGUCAAGUACGCAGUCACCGAGCGAUAUCAUUUCCACACGGACUGGUUCACAAACCCAGCCCACGCCACGGCAGCUCACGGCGGGAAUCGCAUCAGCUCCUUUUUCGGAUACGUCAAGGCAGACAAUGUGACGGGCGGUGGCACCAACUUUCCGAUUCUGGAUGCGCCGCGGGACGAAAGAUGGUGCAAGUUCAUCGACUGCGACGAAGAGUACGACUCAGGCGUCACGUUUAGGCCUAUCGAGGGCAACGUGGUCUACUGGGAGAACUUGCUGGCGGAUGGGAGAGGAGACCAGAGGACGCUGCAUGCGGGACUGCCGGUGGUCAGCGGGGAGAAGAUUGGGAUGAAUAUUUGGACGAGGCAGAUGCCGCUGCCCGCAGAUGUUCGCGGGAGUUAA